UUUGGGGAGAAUUUUUGAGGCUCUUUUCCUAUGCAACCCCUUAUCCCUUCCCCUUUCACAUAUACAAUACUCACCCACACGCUUUCAAUACGCAUACCCAGAUCUCCCUUGAUUUUUUCUCUCUCUCCAUCUUCUUCUCGCACUAGGGGCGGCGGCGAUUCUUAGGUGAGCAAUGAAAGGAGGACGAUCCAAGGGGGAGACGAAGAAGGCUGAACCGAAGCUUUCUGUGAAGAAAGGAGCAGUCGCGAAAAAGCCGGCGAAGAAGGCGAAGACGGAGAAGGAUCCGAACAAGCCGAAGAGGCCUGCUAGUGCCUUUUUUGUUUUCAUGGAAGAGUUCCGGAAAACGUACAAAGAGAAGCAUCCGAAUAACAAGUCAGUCGCCGCUGUUGGCAAAGCCGGCGGUGACAAGUGGAAAAGCAUGUCAGAUGCUGAAAAAGGACCUUACAUAGCCAGGGCAGAUAAAAGGAGGGCGGAGUACGAAAAGAAACUCCAGGCUUACAAUAAGAAACAGAGCGAAGGAGCAGCCGCCGAGGAAGAGUCCGACAAAUCCAGGUCGGAGGUGAACGACGAGGACGAGGAGGACGAGGACGGCAGCGCUGAGCAGGACGACGAUGAUGACGAAGAGUGAGGGAAAGGCAAUAAUGGAAUGAAUGUGUAGGAAACUGCUACCGUACAACAAUCCCAUCUGAACGCAACUCUGAUCUGCUUUCUUUUCGUUUUCUUUUUUUUAUUAUGUACCCUCUCUCGCAUUUUUUGUUUAGUAGAAGAAGAAGAAGAGUAGAGAUUGAAGUAAGUUAGGUUUGGGCGGUCAGAUGGGAUUGUUUAUGUAUUUACGUUUUCAAGAAAUCUUCUUUAAGUCGUCUCUGUAUGUCUCUCUCUCUCUCUCUCUCUAAUCAAUAAUCACAAUCGCAUCUUCGUCUAA